AAACAGUCUGGCAACCCUAGUACCCACGAGGACUCGCGUUGAGUGCUGAGUCGAAUCUCCCUUUCUCUGGUGUCGCCGUGAGAAACCGGCUCUUGCUGUAUUCUUUGAAAGAAAAACGAUUUACAUGUUCCAUAGAGACUUGAAACGAACCUUUUGGAGGUGGUUAUAAAACUAUCUGGGUGGCCAUCUUUCACCACGAAGCUAGCAUAGCUAAUAAAUAAAAUACUCACGAUGGACUCGAGAGACACUGCCCCCGAUUCCUGGGAACAGGAGGACGAUGUUGAGGCCCCGACCGACGAACUUCAGUCUGCCUUUACCGGCCUGAAUGUGAACGCGAAGCCGUUCGUUCCCAACAUUAACGCCCCUGAAUUUGUUCCGACCUUUUUUCAGAAGGGGCCUCCUGAAAACACGGGGUCGAACGGCCCUGAAACUGUUGCCAGUGUGGAAAAUUUGGAAACGGUUGCACCGGUGGAGAACGGAGAAUCAGAAAUGAACACAGAGGAGACGUGGGAGCAGAAAGACGAGCCCGGAGAUUCGGAACCCGGAGGCGGGCCCUUUGGAGACGGGGGUACCGCUGAAGACUCUCUGCAAGAGAUGGAGGAAGAGGAGGAGGUGCCCAUGCCUAAAGUAGCCCCCGCCCCUCCAGACGCCCCCAAGAAAGAACAUGUCAAUGUAGUAUUCAUUGGCCACGUAGAUGCUGGCAAAUCAACUAUUGGCGGGCAGAUCAUGUAUUUGACAGGGAUGGUAGAUAAGCGCACCCUGGAGAAAUACGAGAGAGAGGCGAAGGAGAAGAACAGAGAAACCUGGUACCUUUCCUGGGCCCUGGACACAAACCAGGAGGAGAGGGACAAGGGGAAGACCGUGGAGGUGGGGCGAGCCUACUUUGAGACAGAAAAGAAGCACUUUACUAUCCUGGAUGCACCAGGCCAUAAAAGCUUUGUUCCAAACAUGAUUGGUGGCGCAUCGCAAGCUGACUUGGCAGUGUUGGUAAUCUCUGCCAGGAAGGGAGAGUUUGAGACAGGCUUUGAAAAGGGUGGCCAAACCAGGGAGCACGCCAUGUUGGCAAAAACAGCAGGAGUGAAGCACCUGAUAGUGCUCAUCAACAAAAUGGACGACCCCACUGUGAACUGGAGCUUGGACAGAUAUGAAGAAUGUAAGGAGAAACUAGUGCCAUUUUUGAAGAAGGUUGGCUUUAACCCUAAGAAGGACAUUUACUUCAUGCCCUGUUCCGGGCUCACGGGAGCCAACCUAAAGGAGCCUGCAGACUGCUGCUCCUGGUAUACGGGGUUACCAUUCAUUCCACAUCUGGAUAGUCUGCCAAACCUCAACAGAUCAAGUGACGGACCAGUCAGAUUACCCAUAGUUGACAAAUACAAGGAUAUGGGCACUGUGAUCCUUGGCAAGCUGGAGUCUGGGUCUAUUAGCAAAGCACAGCAGCUUGUCAUGAUGCCAAACAGGCACACGGUGGAGGUUCUGAGCUUGCUGUCAGACGACGUGGAGACGGACGACGCGGCGCCCGGGGAGAACCUGAAACUGCGGCUGAAGGGCAUCGAGGAGGAGGAGAUCCUGCCCGGCUUCAUCCUCUGCAACGCCGAGAACCUCUGCCACUCCGGACGCACCUUCGACGCCCAAAUUGUAAUCAUUGAACACAAAUCAAUCAUCUGCCCAGGUUACAACGCAGUUCUACACAUCCACACUUGCAAUGAAGAAGUGCAAAUUACAGCCUUAAUUUGCCUGGUAGACAAAAAGACUGGUGAGAAGAGCAAGACGCGGCCUCGCUUCGUCAAGCAAGACCAAGUGUGCAUCGCUCGCCUGCGGACAGCUGGGACGAUCUGCCUCGAGACCUUCAAAGACUUCCCCCAGAUGGGCCGCUUUACUCUACGGGAUGAAGGCAAGACUAUUGCUAUCGGCAAGGUGUUGAAGCUGGUACCAGAGAAGGACUGAAAAGUACAAGGAUGUCCUGAUGUAGUCGCUCGAUUACAGUGGUGGAUACUGCAAAAGUCCACUUACCAGGCCUCCCUUCUCACUGAAGAUGAUUUAAAAAAAAAAAAAAACCACCUUUAGGAAAAUAAACUUCUCAAAGUGAAAGAAAUCAGUUUUUAAGAAAAACAACAUCUGAAACAAAACCACGUCCAUGUGUCAGCUUUCUCAUAUUGAGAGCUCAGCUAUGCCAUGUUUUUCCCCCCUGACCAUGACAACCUCCCGCCCCAAUGAUUUGCACUUCGAAUGAUGAUGAAUGCGUUUCUUCCAAAAUGUUUUGCUUCCUUCCAAGAAAGCAACGCGGCUGCAUUAAUGUGGACCCAGGUCUGCUUCCAAAAAUGUAAGAACCAUUAACUGAAACCAAAAUAAUGUAGGCUAAUAUUCUGGUUGAACAUGUCUCCCUUGCUUAAAUACAGAUUGGUUUCUUGACAGGAAACGUUCCAGCCAUGAGCGUGUGUUCACGUGUUAUUAAAGCAACCACAGUGACAAUAAAAUAUUAAAUUGAAUAA